AUGGAUCCACCGCAAGAGUCGGCCGCCGCCGGCCGCAAGCGGCGCCGGCGAGGGGGCGUCCGGAAUCGCAAAAAGCUUUCCUCGCAGAAGGGGCUUCCUCCAGCGGCUGCGCCCCCAACGCCGGCGUCCCCACCGGUCAAGCGGCGGCGCAAGGACAUCGCUAGCCAGGCCGCCGCCAUGCCGAAGAGAGGCAACACCUCGAGCCUACUGGACAAGAUGCGUGCAAGGUUAUCUGGUGGUCAUUUCAGAAUGUUAAACGAGAAGCUAUACACUUGCAGUGGAGAGGAUGCGUUUGACUACUUCAAAAAUGACCCUAAUCUUUUUGAUGUGUAUCAUACAGGAUAUCAAGAGCAGAUGUCACACUGGCCUGAACAGCCAGCGAAUGUAAUAAUCAAUUGGUUGAAGAGUCACAAUGCAUCAUGGACUGUUGCUGAUUUUGGCUGUGGCAAUGCCGCAGUUGCAAAAAAUGUGAAGAACAAGGUUUUCUCCAUUGAUCUUGUUUCAGAUGAUCCUUCAGUGAUUGCUUGUGAUAUGGCUCAUACUCCAUUGGAGCCAUCUUCUAUAGAUGUUGCAAUAUUUUGUCUUUCUUUGAUGGGAAUCAACUAUCCAAGUUACUUAGAGGAAGCAAAUAGGGUUCUCAAGCCAAGUGGUUGGCUUGUUAUUGCUGAAGUGCGAAGUAGGCUAGACCCGAACAAUGGAGGUGCUGAUCCUGAAAAGUUUUCUAAAGCCAUUAUCCAGCUUGGCUUUUCGCUUGUUUCAAAGGAUGUGAAAAAUAAAAUGUUCAUUCUUUUCUGCUUCAGGAAAAAGGAAAAAAGUAAGGUGGCAAAGAGCAUCGAUUGGCCCCAGUUGAAACCGUGCUUGUACAAACGGCGAUGA